AUGAACGGCUACAGCAGCGGCUCGACACUAUCUGAUGCGCCACCGGGUCAAGGACAACUCCAACAGCAACCCGGCCGCCCUGUGAUCGACCUCAAGAAGAAACUCGUCGUCGUCGGCGACGGCGGAUGCGGCAAAACGUGCCUCCUGAUAGUCUACUCGCAAAACAAGUUCCCCUCUGAAUACAUCCCCACCGUCUUCGAGAACUACGUCCCCAUCAUCCAGUUUGAGGGCAAAACCAUCGAGCUCGCGCUCUGGGACACGGCAGGUCAGGAAGAGUACGAUCGCCUCCGUCCGCUCUCCUACCCGGAAUCCGACGUCAUUCUCAUCUGCUUCGCCGUCGACUUCCCCACCAGCUUGGCCAAUGUGCAGGACAAGUGGUUCCCAGAGAUCAAUCAUUUUUGCGAGGGUGUGCCGAUCCUCUUGGUCGGGUUGAAGACCGAUCUCAGGCGCGAUCCCGAGAGCUUGAAGAUGCUCCAGGCGCAGGGUACCAAGCCGGUCACGCCCGCACAGGGACAGCAAGUGGCAGACGAGAUCGGUGCGGCAAAAUACGUAGAGUGCUCGGCAAAGACCAAGGAUGGCGUACAACAUGUAUUUGAUACUGCCAUCAGGGAGGCGUGUAGGAAGAAAGGUUGGGGCAGGAGAGGCGGCGGUGGUGGUGGCUCGAGCGGGGGGAAGAAGAAGUGUGUCUUGCUUUGA